AUGGCUUUGAAGGCGCUGCGCCUGCCGCCGCUGCGCUUGGCGCGGCGCUGCGCAGUGCGGGCGCUGGUGGAGCAAAGGCUGCAGCCGCUCCAGGAGAAGGAGCCGCAGUUGGUCCAGCAGCGCAAGCAGCUGGAGGCCGCCAUCGCCAAGGUUAGCGCCGACCUGGCGGACACCCAGCGCCGCUGUGGCGAAGCUCAGGAGCGUUUGGUUCAUCACGACCACAAGAAGCAGGAGAUCCUGAAGUCCAUCAUGGAAAGCUCCGAGCACGCAGACCGAUUGAAGCGCGAAAGAGAUGCGAAGCAGAAGGAAAUCGUGCAGAAGGCCCAGGAUAUCGGAGAUGAGACAGUGGAGCAGCGAAUGCAGCAAGUUCACGACAGCUCAAGUAUGGAGCAGUACGUGCAGAGCUUUCCCAACUGUGGCAGCUCGCUGCGGGACUAUGCGCAACUGCACCACGACCUGCUACUUUGCAGCAACAACAUCAAGAAUGCCAAUGCAGAUGUGACCAAGACUGAUCAGGUGCUGGAGGAGCAGGAAAAGAAGAGCUCGGCUGCGCAGCAGCAGAUGAAGGCGCUUCAAGAGACGCAGUUGAAGCUCAAGAUGGAGAAGGGCAGUGUGGAGAGUCGUCUUCAGAAGAUCUCGCAAGAGAAAUCCCUUGUGGCGAGCUACCAGGACACUCUGCAGCGGACGGUCCAGUGGGCUCAGAUGGACGUGCCUGACGUGUCCGCCUCUGCUCAGAAUCUUCCGCUGCUGGCGCUGGUUCGGCGUGAGAGCAUCGCCAACUCCAUACAGUCUUGCAACUUCAAGCGGCUAAAGCAGCUGAACGCCUCUGCUGCGGAGAUGCGGGACCUUUGCAAUGACCUCAUGAACCGCCUGUCACAAGGAUUUUCAUCCGUCGAGUUGAAGCAGAUGGGUUUCCGCGUGGAAGAACUGUGCAAGAACUUCAGUGCUGCUGACCUCCUUCGCGCGGGCUUCUCCAGGGAAGAGCUCGCAGCGUACCCAAGCGUCAUUCAGAAGCUCAAGGCUGACGGAUUCUCCUUGGGGCAGCUCAAGGAGCUGGGCUUUGGCGUGCAGGAGCUUGGUGUGGCCUUCCGGGCGAAGGAGCUGGUAGCGGCUGGCUUCAACAAGGAGCAGCUCCAGGCCUUCCCAAAGAUUGGCCUCGCACUGAAGAAAGAUGGCUUUUCGGCGAGGCAGCUGAAGGACAUGGGCUUCAAGGCUGCAGAGCUGCACUUCAGCGCCUUGGAGCUGGCACUGGCCGGAUUUUCUCAGGAGGAGCUGACCGCGGCAGGGCUUCCGGAGGUACUCAUCAAGGCCGUGCUGCACUUCCGCGAGGGCUGCAGCAUGGCGGAGCUCUUCAAACACUUUGGGCCGUCCGAGUUGAAGGCGGCAGGCUUCGGACCUCAGCAGGUCUAUCCGGACUCGACCAAAGCGACAGCCUGGUUUCGCUACCAAAUGCUGUAA